AUGGAAAAGAUUACCGACAAGAUUGCCGCUCUGCCGGCCGACGGGGAGUACUUUUCGCUCGAGUUCUUCCCGCCCAAGACCGCCAUGGGCUUCUCCAACCUGCGCGACCGGUUGCAUCGCAUGGAGCAAGGACUGCGCCCGCUCUUUGUCAACGUCACCUGGGGCGCCGGCGGCUCGACGGCCGACAAGUCGCUCGAGCUAGCCGAGCUGUGUCAGCGCGAGCUCGGCAUGACGACGUGCCUGCACCUCACCUGCACCAACAUGAGCCGCAAGCUCAUCGACAAGGCCCUCGACGACGCCAAAGCCCUCGGCAUCCGCAACAUUCUGGCCCUGCGCGGCGAUCCCCCGCGCAAGGAAGAGUACCGCACCGCCGAGGACGAGGAGGAGGACAAUGAGGCCGGGGAGGACUUCGUCUGGGCCAUUGACUUGGUCAAGUACAUUCGCAAAAAGCACGGCGACUACUUUUGCGUUGGCGUCGCUGCGUAUCCCGAGGGCCACGCCGACGAGAGUCACCCGCUGGGACAGUCUUUGGAGCACGAUCUGCCGUACCUCGUCGACAAGGUGCAGGCGGGCGCCGACUUCAUCAUGACUCAACUCUUCUUCGAUAUCGACGCGUACGAAAAGUUUGAGGCGACGCUGCGACAGCACCCGAGCGGUGCCUUCAAGACCAUCCCCAUCAUGCCCGGCCUGAUGCCCAUCCAGAGCUUCGCCAUGAUCAAGCGCACGGCCAAGCUAAGCCACGCAGCCAUGCCGCCCGCCAUCCUCGAACGCCUGACUGCCGUCAAGGGAGACGACGAGCGUGUCAAGGCCAUCGGCGUCGACAUCCUCAGCGAGCUCGUCGAGCAGGUUCGCACCGUCAAGAGCAAGACCUCCGGCCCCAAGGGUUUCCAUUUCUACACCCUCAACCUUGAGAAAGCUGUCACCUUUAUCCUCGAGCGCACCAACCUCAUCCCCGACGAGCCCGCCGCCGAGGAGGCCAUUGUCGAUGGCGGCCCGACCUCGGCGCCCUUCUUGCAGGUCAACGGCCACGCCAUUCCGCGUCCGCGCAGCCACUCGCGCUCCUCGCGGCGCCACUCCUCCGUUGGCUCCGACCCGCAUAAUCGCGUCAUCGCCAGCAGCGGGCGGCGCACCAACCCGGAGUGGGAAGCCACCGGCGCCGAGGCCGGUGCGCUCGCCGAGCCGCUCAACUCCCGCGCCAACACGCUUGCCAUCUCUGAGGGCGAGGGCGCGCUCGGCCGUGAGGCCACGUGGGACGACUUUCCCAACGGCCGCUUCGGCGACUCGCGCUCGCCCGCGUACGGCGAGAUUGACGGCUACGGCGUCAGCCUGCACAUGUCGGUCACGCAGGCCGUCCGCCUCUGGGGCCACCCGGCCACCAAGCAGGACAUUGACGACAUGUUUGUGCGCCACGUCCGCGGCGAGCUCGCCGCUCUGCCGUGGAGCGAGGAGGAGCUGCUCGCCGAGUCGAGCACCAUCACGCCGCACCUCGCCGCCCUCAACGCAAAGGGCUGGUGGACCGUCGCCUCGCAGCCCGCCGUCAACAGCACGCGCUCCAGCGACGCCACCUUUGGCUGGGGCCCCGCCAACGGCUUCGUCUUCCAAAAGGCCUUUCUCGAGUUCUUCCUGUCCUCGGCCGACUGGGCGGCGCUCAAGGAGAAGCUGCAGCGGCCUGGCGUCCGCGAGGUAGUGUGCUUCUACGCCGCCAACGCCAAGGGCGACUUUGUCAGCUCCGACAAUGCAAGUAGCGCAACAGCAGCAGCCACGACGACGACCAGCAGCACAAACGCCGUGACGUGGGGCGUCUUUCCCGGCAAGGAGAUUGUGACGCCGACGAUUAUCGAAGAGGUCUCGUUCCGCGCGUGGUGCGAGGAGGCCUUUGGCAUCUGGGACGAGUGGUCGCGCGUCUACGGCAAGGGCUCGCCCAGCGCAACGCUGCUCGGCGGCAUCCGCGACGACUACUGGCUGGUCAAUGUCAUUCACCACGACUUUGUGGACCAGCAGGCUCUGUGGGAUCUCUUGCUUGCGUAG